UCACUUAGGGGAAGACACGGAGGAAAAUACAAGAGAACAAUUCCCAAAGGUGGAGGGACGGCAAUGCCCGGCGGAGAUCAGGAACUCGGGACCUACUACGUGGGUGUGGACGUGGGGACAGGCAGUGUCCGUGCAGCCCUGGUGGACCAGAGGGGCACCCUCUUGGCUUUCGCAGACCAGCCAAUCAACCAGUGGGCGCCUCAGUUCAACCACCACGAGCAGUCCUCCGAGGACAUCUGGGCUGCGUGCUGCAUCGUCACGAAGAAGGUUGUACAAGGGAUUGAUUUAAACCAAAUUCGAGGUCUUGGGUUUGAUGCCACGUGUUCUCUGGUUGUUUUGGAUAAGCAGUUUCGUCCUUUACCAGUGAAUCAUGAAGGGGAUUCUCAUCGAAACAUCAUCAUGUGGCUGGACCACCGGGCGGUCAGUCAGGUCCACAGGAUCAACGAAACCAAGCACAGUGUCCUGCAGUACGUUGGGGGUGUGAUGUCCGUGGAAAUGCAGGCCCCGAAGCUUCUGUGGCUAAAAGAGAACUUGAGAGAGACUUGCUGGGAUAAGGCGGGACACUUCUUUGAUCUCCCAGACUUCUUAUCAUGGAAGGCAACAGGUGUCACAGCACGGUCUCUCUGCUCCCUGGUGUGCAAAUGGACAUACUCUGCAGAGAAAGGCUGGGAUGACAGUUUCUGGAAGAUGGUUGGUUUGGAAGACUUGGUUGCAGAUAAUUACAGCAAAAUAGGAAACCAAGUGCUGCCUCCUGGAACUUCUCUUGGAAAUGGGCUCACACCAGAGGCAGCAAAGGACCUUGGCCUUCCUGCUGGAAUUGCAGUGGCAGCUUCACUAAUUGAUGCCCAUGCGGGAGGACUAGGAGUGAUUGGAGCAGAUGUGAGGGGGCAUGGCCUCGCCUGUGAGGGACAGCCGGUGACGUCACGGCUGGCUAUCAUCUGUGGAACAUCUUCUUGUCACAUGGGGAUCAGCAAAAACCCAAUCUUUGUACCAGGAGUCUGGGGCCCUUAUUUCUCAGCCAUGGUCCCUGGGUUCUGGCUGAAUGAAGGUGGCCAGAGCGUUACUGGAAAAUUGAUAGAUCACAUGGUGCAGGGCCAUGCUGCCUUCCCUGAACUACAAGCCAAGGCCACAGCCAGAUGCCAGAGUAUAUAUGCAUAUUUGAACAGUCACCUGGAUCUGAUUAAGAAGGCUCAGCCCGUGGGUUUCCUCACUGUUGAUUUACAUGUUUGGCCAGAUUUCCAUGGCAACCGGUCUCCCUUAGCAGAUCUGACACUAAAGGGCAUGGUCACCGGAUUGAAACUAUCUCAGGACCUCGAUGAUCUUGCCAUUCUCUACCUGGCCACAGUCCAAGCCAUUGCCUUUGGGACGCGCCUCAUUAUAGAGGCCAUGGAGUCAGCAGGGCACUCGAUCAGCACCCUUUUCCUCUGUGGGGGCCUCGGCAAGAACCCCCUUUUUGUGCAGAUGCAUGCGGACAUUACCGGCAUGCCUGUGGUCCUGUCGCAAGAGGUGGAGUCUGUUCUCGUGGGUGCUGCUAUUCUGGGGGCCUGUGCCUCGGGGGAUUUCGCUUCUGUGCAGGACACGGCAAAAAGGGGGCCGUCUGCAAGCCGGGAAGGGAGCCCUCACCAGAGCAGCCAUGCUGGCACCUUGAUCUUCGUGCCUCCAGAACUGAGGCAAUGGCAAGAAUGAGCAAAGUUGGGAAAGUUGUGUUUCCUAGACAUGAGGAUAAAAGAUAUUAUGACAAGAAAUAUCAAGUAUUCCUAAAGCUGGUUGAACACCAGAAGGAGUAUGCAUCCAUCAUGAAAGGGGACUGAAGUGAGCUUGCAUGGCGGAUGCCAGGUUUCAUGUCAUUGCAUCAGGGGCCUCUGUCAUUUCACCUUAUAUUUAAGACCCUUAGGUAUCAUUUCAUCAUUUCUGUAUUUUCUUUUUAAUAAAGAAAACUGAGACGUGUGCAACC